AUGAGAGCCACUAAGUUUUUACUGAACGCAGCACAAAAACAAAAACCUGGUCUAGGAAUCCCCGUUGAAUUGACCCCUCUGUUCGUGGCUAUGGGCGUCGCUCUCAGCUCUGCUUGUUGGUUCACCUACAAAAAGUUUAGAUUCGACGAAAGUUUGAGAGUCGGCAGAACCAACCCAGACAGAUCUGGCCUCAAGCAAGUCUUGGAACAGUCCAAGGAGUAA